AUUCCAGUCUAAGUGAUAAGCGGGUCGACCCGUAAUCAGCAACUGGAAAGAAAGAAAACUUUUACGCAUUGCCGAGAUCUUCUUCACUCAGUCCCGCCGGCGCGGCCGUAUCUGACUCGUCCAUAGAUUCCGGUCCCCCAAUUUCUCUCGAGAAAAACGGUUUCUGGGUUUGCUUUCAUAGCUUGAAAAGUUGCAGUAGUCAAUGAAUCUGACCUCUCUGUUUGCUUGCCCGUUUCCUUCUUGAGAAAUGGUGAUCCCUCCGCCAAUUAGGGCUGAAAGAAUUACCAAAUUUCUGAAACCGUAUGUGUUGAAGAUGCACUUCACGAACAGGUUUGUAUCUGCGCAAGUAAUACACACACCAACAGCAACAGUAGCAGCAUCCGCGAGCUCACAGGAGAAGGUCCUGCGAUUGAGCAUGGAACAAGCAAAAGAAAGUACCAGAGAUGUGGCGGCUGCUGCCAAGAUCGGGAACAUAUUAGGGCAACGACUGCUUUUAAAGAAUAUCCCUGCUGUCUCAGUUUUCUUUAAGAGAGAACAGAAAUAUCAUGGGAAGGUUAAAGCAGUCAUAGAUUCUGUAAGAGAAGCAGGUGUCAAGUUGAUUUGAGGUUUAAGAAUCAACAUGAAAAUUUUUGACACGUUACUUAGCCUGAUGAUAACUUUGCUCGAAACGAAUGAAUGUUCCAUCUUGAUAUGUGAUCUGUUUGAGGUGUGACAUUGAUCUAUGAAUGUUUGAUAUUUUGAAAUUUUCCUGUAUUACAUCCUUUUAUCUAUCGUGUCUAUAUUUCUACCGCCAGUCAGGGUUAUGCUUAAUCUUUGUCUCAUCGUACUAAUUAUGUUGGAGGUCUUCAAAGGGUUAAAGUGAAGACCGCUUUGUAACACUUUACACUAAUGUAUACUGUAUGAUAGGAAAAUGUAAAAUUAGAUAUACUUGACAUAAGAAAACACUCGUUGAAUGUAUUCAUUAGUUUUCCUGAGAAUCUUUGUUUGAAACCCGCAGACUAUACACAUAAACGGAAGAAAACCAAGUACAAUCGGCAACAGGUAAAGACCGAGAAGAAUAACUAAGUCCAGAAGGCAGAAGCCCUAUAAUAUCUUCUAGCCGCUUAACUGAAGCUUGAAGUGAAGGGGAAAAAUCUAUCACAUAUUGGUGAUCAUCUUAUGAAAGGAAUUCCAGAAGGAACCAUCCUACAAUAAUCCCUCAUAUUGAGACCCAAAAAAGUGUCUCAAGAAUAACUCUUCAUAAGGUGCCCAUGAUGAACAAAACCACCAAACUACAAACCAAAAUGUAAUACUACAAAGCAUUAUUUGAGUGCCAACAGCCCAAGCAAAGAAACCACUAUAUCCAGGGUGACGGAAAUACUUGUAAACUCCAAAAGUUACCACUUUGUGAUGCUCCUCAUGAUAAAUCUUAAUGAGAUGUGUGAAGGCCCAGCCAGCAGUUAAUAUAGCCAACUUCCUUAGGACGCCGAUAAUUACCAUAGCAAGACCACCAGUGUUCUUCAAAGCUGGGAAGAAAUAGAUUUCCACAAUACUCU